AGUAGGGGUUGCCGCGUGGUAGAUUUGCGUGAGCACACCGCGGCACUGUGCUCAUGGGGGCGUGUCAAGGCAAAGGCCCUGAUGAUGUCGUCGGAGACGAGGAAGUCAGAGUGACGGUGGAUGGGUUCGUGGAGGAGGCUGAUGAUGAGGACAUGGCCGACUUCAAUCCAGAUGCGACCCUUUGCAAGCACGCUUGCGGGAAGCCGGUCCAGCCUGGCGAGACCAAGCGAGGGAACAAGUUUGAUACCUGCUGCAGGAUGUGUGCGAUGAACAAGGGCAGCGGAUUUCAUGACCCUACCUGCGGCGGCAACACAUCUGCGGCACCAGUGUCGGCACGCAAGAAGGCCUGCAAGGCCGGGUCCAAGUGCAGGAACCGCACGGCGGCUCAUUUGGAGGCCGAAGCACAUCCACUGGACGAGGACUAUGCCAUCGCGUGCUCCAUGUCGAAGGAUGUCCAGCCCGAGCCCCUGACUCUCCGCGUCAUCUUCGACUGGAGCGAUUCCGAUGGCUCCGGGAAGCUGUCCCGCGGGGAGCUGGAAGCCUCUUUGGGCAAGAUCAGGGCGUGCUGUGGCUCGCUCCCUGAAGUCACAGAUGAGGCUUGGCAUCACCUCGACGAGGACGGCAACGGCGUGGUGAACUUCGGCGAGUUCGCGGCCUGGGCGGGGCCUCGCCUGGGCCUGGAGCUGGGUGUGGCAAAGAUGCUCGGCAAGUCUGCGAGUCUCAUGCUGGCAGCUUCGCCCUGCAGCGUUCUCGGCUGCCCGUGCGAGAAGUUCUGUGGCAAGGAGGACGAAGCGUCAGACAAGAAGUGCAAGGAGUGUAAACACAAGAAAGGCCUUCACGUGGCAAAGGUCACGACCGGAGAAGUGCCGUUUCCGCCGUACUGGAACCACCACGACGGCGAGUUCAACGAGCUCGUCCCCAUGACAGGUAAGUCUGUCAACGAGGAGUUUCAGAAGCUCUUGGACAAGACUUACCGGAAAGCCUACACCAAAGACCGCGCCAAGCACAAUCCAACAAAUCCCAAGGUCCCCAAAGGCUUUGAAGUGCUCGCUGUGAAGCGCAACGAAAACAAGCAUUCCUGGCAGGAGUAUGCCUUCCGUCGCGGCGAUAUCCUCUCCAGGGAUAGUCUUCCGGAAAUCUUUGCGGAUGUCAAAACGAGCAUGGCCAUGGAUGAGAUUGGAGGGGACAAGGCAAAUCGGCUGCACUCGGAGUGUAACGAGUGGUACCUCUUCCACGGCACCAAUCCGGAAGCCGCCGCCGCCAUUUGUGCCAGUGAUUUCAAGGUGAGCCGAGCUGGCUCCAGCACGGGUACGCUCUAUGGCAAAGGACUCUAUUUCGCGGAGUCAGUCACCAAGGCUGAUGAGUACGCGAAGCCCAAUGCCGAAGGCCGCUACGCCGUUCUCUUGUGCCGAGUCAUCGGCGGUAAAGUGAAGUACACGGACGAAGUUACACCUGACCCUGAAGCGCUGGUGCAUGCUUGCAUUGAGGGGCCUUUUGACUCCGUCUGUGGCGACCGUGAGAAGACUCGUGGCACAUACAGGGAAUUCGUGCUGUUCGACUCUGAAGAUGUCUAUGUGGAGUAUGUCAUCGAAUACAAGAGAAAGUACUAGUGAUGGGCCUGUCGAUCGUGCCUCAGCUCCAAAGGAGCCGAGUGUGAGUUUCAGAGACAUUGACCGAGACCCAUCGGGUUGGAGUCCCAAGAGGAGCAGACUUGUUACGCGUAGGCGUCGUGUAUGGUGCCACAAAUUCGUGUACCUUUGCUCCUGUAAACUACGCUGCAGACACACGGGGGUUGGGCAAAUGGCAUUUGAACG